CCUUUUCGUGUCACUUUACGUCACAGCGCAUCCGCUCUGCCAGAACCACAGAAGAAGAAGCAGCAGCAGGAAGUGCCGGCAGCGUCAGAACAGAUUAGCCUGGUUAGCUGCAGGCUAACGCGUUGUGAUGUGAGCCUCAUCGGCUGAACUGUGUGUGACCUGUGUUGACCUUAGCAGGCGUUGCCGGGGGCGAUGGCUCUGAUUGAAGGCGUAGGGGAUGAGGUGACGCUGCUGUUCGGCUCUCUGCUGCUCCUCACAGUGCUGCUGCUCGCCUGGAUCUCCACCCGCACCUCUGAGCCCCCAGAACACCUGUUCCCCUCCCCCGCAGGCCCCGCCCCCUCGCUGAGGGCCGGCCCCCCACACCAGGACACACCCCUUACCUCCACCAACACCACCACUUCCUCUUCAUCUGCCUCCUCAUCCCCCUCCGGCUCUGUGAGUGACAGCUCUCUGACAGAAGCUCCGGCUGCCUCCACCCAGGAGAAGGAAGAGGAGGAGGAGGGGGGAGGGAGGGGGGAGGCCGGAGGAGAUGGGGUGAGGAACAGAGGAGGAGGAGGAGAGCCUUCGUCGUCUCAGAGGAACAUGGUGGUCAGACUGAAGUUUCUCAACGACACAGAGAGAACAGCUCAGGUCAAACCACAGGACACCAUCGGAUACAUCAAACGGACCUACUUUGCGGGUCAGGAGCAGCAGGUCCGGUUGAUCUAUCAGGGUCAGCUGCUGCAGGAUGAUGCUCAGACUCUGGCCUCUCUGAACCUGGUCCAUAACUGCGUCCUACACUGUCACAUCUCUCAGCACGCUGGGCGGGGGGUGACGGGGGGGCCGCGGCCUGCGGACCAGGUGCAGGUGGCUCUGAAUGUGGGCAGUCUGAUGGUCCCCCUGCUGGUCCUCAUGCUGUCGGUGCUGUGGUACUGUCAGAUCCAGUACCGGCAGUUCUUCACCGCCCCGGCCACCGCCUCGCUGGUCGGAGUCACUAUCUUCCUCAGCCUGGUGGCCUUCGGAGUUUACCGCCGCUAACCGCUCUCUGAUUGGCUGCUGUGGUGAUGUCAGUAGCCAGGGGCUGACCUCAGAGGUGACAGGCCGGUCGGGACUUGAACCUGAUGGAGGAAACGGAUGCUGAUAGUUAAUGUUUGUAUUUGUUUCUGUUGCCAUGGAGACACUGAGUGUAAACAAGGACUUUUUUUUUUUUUUUAAAUAUUGUUUCUGUAGGUUUCUCAUCAUCGUGCCUCUUUUACUUCAUUUCUCAGUUUCUGUUGACUGCCAGACACCAGACCUGUCUGCUCACCUGUCUGUCUGCUCACCUGUCUGUCUGCUCACCUGUCUGUGUGGCCAGGGAGGGAAGUCCUUUGUGUAAAUUAGAGCUUUUGAAGAAAGAAAACUUCUAUUAAAUCAUUUAUUUAUCC